GUUCAACCAGAACAGAUAGAAUGAAGAUUUUUCUCCUCAUCCUUGCCAUUGUCCAGAUUCUCCACUGUUCUGAUUUGGAACAAAUGUGUGACAACUGUGACAUUCCUGUAGUUUCCGAGGCAUUGCAUGCCUCAGUUAAAAAAUGGAGUGGAGAUUUUACAACGAAUGACCUCUUUAAUGUAACCAAGAUUACAGUUGAUUCUAUUGUCCCUAUUGGAGAACUCCUGCUCCAGGUAAAAUUAACAUUUGAUGUCCAGAAAGCUGUGUGCCAUGAAAAUGCCAGAAGUGACUCAGUGGGAUGUCAGCUGGAAAGUCCCCCAGACAUUAAAACUGCUACUUGCACCAGCCUAGUCAUGUUUGAAGCUGGCGAGAUCCAGAGUGUUACAGUAGAAUGCAGUGAACCACCAAAAGUGCGACCCAAACCAACAUCAUCGACAACUUCAACUCCAACAUCAUUGUUAACUGCAACAUCAUCGGAAAUCCGAUAUUCAACAGUAACAUCAACAAUACCAUCGUUGAAAAGCAGUCACUCAUCAGAGGAAACCUGGGGGGGAAAAUACAGAUAUAGCCAGAAGAACUAUGGAUCAAGAGGCAAAAAAAGUAGCUGGGCUAGAGGAAAGCAUCAUUCAAAAUGGGGGAAACACAAAUCAAGAGGAAGAAAGUCCAACUGGAGAAGAGGAAGGAACAAUUCCCAGAGGGGAAUAAAUGGCUCUCAUUCUCUAAGAAUAUACAACAACAACUCAAAAGGCUGAAGGCAUGAUAAAACACAGCCAGAACCUAUUAAGAAGAAUGGACAGUGACAUAAAGGCAAAGGAAACUGACAAACAGGAAGAAAAUUCCAUUCAGCUUUUACUGGUUAAUUCUAAAUCAUUUACUGAGAA